GUAAGUUCCUGUCUGAAUCUGAGCCUGAAAGAAGGUUUCUCUGUUGUGUGUUCUGAGUGCCUCUGCUGGGUGCUGUGAGGGAGCUCUGAAAAGCUUAAAAUUUCCGGACAUGGGUAGAGUGACCUAUGAUGAUGUGCAUGUGAACUUCACUCGGGAAGAGUGGGCUUUGCUGGAUCCUUCUCAGAAGAAUCUCUACAGAGAUGUGAUGCUGGAGACCUACAGGAAUCUCGCUGCUAUAGGCUACGUUUGGGAAGACCAUAAUACGGAAGAACAUCUUCAUAUUUCUAGAAGAUAUGAAAGGCAUGAAAGAAGUCAUACUGCACAGCAGCUCUCUGAGUUUAUCCAAUGUGAUAAAGCCUUUGCAUUUCAGAGUCAUAACCAAAGAAAAGAAAAAAUUCAUAAUGCAGAGACACCCUAUGAAUGUAACCAAUGUGGUAAAUCCUUUGCAAGAAAGAGUCAUCUCCUAAGACAUAAAAGAAUACAUACUGGUGAGAAACCCUAUGCGUGUAACCAGUGUGGGAAAGACUUUGCAAGUCCCAGUUAUCUUCAGUACCAUAAGAGAGUUCGUACAGGAGAGAAACCUUAUAAAUGUAAUCAAUGUGGUAAAGCCUUUGCAUGUUCAACUGGUCUCCGAGGACAUAAAAGAACACAUACAGAAGAGAAACUCAAUGAAUGCAAUCAAUGUGAUAAAGCCUUUGCAGGUCAAAGUGGUCUCCUGUAUCAUAAAAGAACACAUACUGGAGAGAAACCCUUUCAAUGUAACCAAUGUGGUAAAACUUUUGCUCGAAAUACUCAUCUCCUACAACAUAAAAGAGUACACACUGGAGAGAAACCCUAUGAAUGCAAUCAAUGUGAGAAAGCCUCUGUAUGUCAUAUUGGUCUCCUGUAUCAUAAAAGAACACAUGCUGGACAGAGACCAUAUGAAUGUAAUGAAUGUGGUAAAUCCAUUGUAUAUCACAGUUGUAUUAAACAAUGUAAAAGAAGACAUACUGGAGAAAAACCCUUUGAAUGUAACCAAUGUGGUAAAUCCUUUGCAAGAAAGAGUCAUCUCCUAAGACAUAAAAGAAUACAUACUGGUGAGAAACCUUAUAAGUGUGACCAAUGUGGUAAAGACUUUGCAAGACCCAGUUCUCUUCAGUACCAUAAAAGAGUUCAUACAGGAGAGAAACCUUAUGAAUGUAAACAAUGUGGUAAAGCCUUUGCAUGUUCAACUGUUCUCCGAAGACAUAAAAGAGCACAUACUGGAGAGAAACCCUUUGAAUGUUACCAAUGUGGUAAAUCCUUUGCAAGUAAGAGUCAUCUCCUAAGACAUAAAAGAAUACAUACUGGUGAGAAACCUUAUAAGUGUGACCAAUGUGGUAAAGACUUUGUAUAUCACAGUUGUAUUAAACAAUGUAAAAGAAGACAUGCUGGAGAGAAACCCUUUGAAUGUAACCAAUGUGGUAAAUCCUUUGCAAGUAAGAGUUAUCUCCUAAGACAUAAAAGAAUACAUACUGGUGAGAAACAUUAUAAGUGUGACCAAUGUGGUAAAGACUUUGCAAGUACUUAUUCUCUUCAAAACCAUAAAAGAGUUCAUACAGGAGAGAAACCUUAUGAAUGUAAACAAUGUGGUAAAGCCUUUGCAUGUUCAUCUAAACUCCGAAGUCAUAAAAGAACACAUACUGGAGAGAAACCCUUUGAAUGUAACCAAUGUGGUAAAUCCUUUGCAAUUAAGAGUCAUCUCCUAAGACAUAAAAGAAUACAUACUGGUGAGAAACCUUAUAAGUGUGACCAAUGUGGUAAAGACUUUGCAAGACCCAGUUCUCUUCAGUACCAUAAAAGAGUUCAUACAGGAGAGAAACCUUAUGAAUGUAAACAAUGUGGUAAAGCCUUUGCAUGUUCUCGUCGUCUCAGAAUACAUAAAAGAACACAUACAGGAGAGAAACCCUAUGAAUGCAAUCAAUGUGGUAAAGCCUUUUCGUCUCCAAGUGGAUUCCUGUAUCAUAAACGAACACAUACUGGAGAGAGACCAUAUGAAUGCAAUGAAUGUGGUAAAUCCUUCAUACAUCGCAGUAAUUUUCAAAUGCAUAAAAGAACACAUACUGGAGAGAAACCCUUUGAAUGUGACCAAUGUGGUAAAAGCUUUGCACAAAACACUUAUCUUUUACAACAUAAAAGAGUACACACUGGAGAAAAACCCUAUGAAUGUAAGCAUUGUGGCAAAGCCUUUGCAUAUUCUAAUAAACUCCGAGUGCAUGUUAGAACACAUACUAAGUAGUAUGGUAAAGCCUUUUCAAAUGUCACAAGUCUUUAUAAUCAUGAAAGAGAAACCCUAUGAGGGUAUUCAGUAUGUUUAAACCUUUGCACAUUUCUAUAAUCUUCAUCAUGAACAUAUUCAUACUGUAGAGAAAGUCUGUGAGUGUAAGCAAUGUGGUCAAGCCUUUGUGUAAUAGGGUCCUCUGAGAUCCAACACAACUCAAACUCAUGUAAUGCAAGUGACUAGAAUUUAUUGUAACGAAGCUGCUACUGAUGGAACAGGGCUAGAGAACACACUUGAAAGCUGAACUGUGACAGUCCCCACACUCACCUUGAUACUGAACCAGAGUGUUAUAUAGAGAGUUUUUAUGUUUGAGAACCAGAAACAUUUGUGCCAAAUUACAGCUACAUUUUCCCACCACUCAGAAUUAAUGAUAGGGGCUUUCCUCAUGUAGUCUUCUAUGUCAGCUGAUACAGAAUGAGGGUGCUACAAUCUAAUCAAUCAUAUCAAUUUGUUGUUUUGUGAUUAGGAAUAGACAUUGUUUUGAUGAAUAAAAGAUGCAUAGAAAAAGAAAUGGUUAGGAACAGUCAUGGUUUUUAUGAACCAAAGAUGCAUAAUUGAAGCUGGUCCACUAUUUGUAAGUCUCCAGCUCCUCUAGGGCCUAUAAAUUUGACCUUAGGUUCAUCUUAUGAUUAAAUUGAUGCCGAUAACAAAAAGGCAAUUCUUAGGACAAGAUUCAUUUGCUUAUUUCCAAGAUUUGCAUACUACAGUCAUUUUUGAAU